UUUAUUAUGCUUUAUUUUCAGAUUUUUGUUACAAUUUGGAAUGCUAGAGAAAGUUACCAGAAUGAUUAAAAGUGUCAUUUUCACGGCACUAGUACUAGCUUUUCACGUGGAGGUAUUUAAAGAUGACAAUGUAUUCAACCAGUCGGACAUGUGUUAUCUCGAUAAUAAGAUAGAAAAAGGAACAAGAGAGACAGAAAAUAUUUGUCAUAUGAAAAUGGGCGAGUUGAGCAGAAAUCUUAACAAGCGGACGGAACAGUUUGAGAUAGAAAGGCAUAAAAAUGUAAAAACUUCUCGACACUGCAUGAAAGAGAAAUUUACAGAUAUUGCGACUGGAAUUGGGAAUUAUUCAGAUCCGGCUAAAAACGAAUCAAUAAAACAAAAUGAAAGAGUUCAGGAAUAUAGUUUAGAAGAUAUAUUUAGAAAGGAGAUAGAAAAAGUGAGAAAUGACAUGAUGAACUAUAGUAAUCAGUCCAAACAUGAGUAUAUUGGAUGUAUACAGCAGCUGCAGUCACAUAUGGGAGAAAAAUUCAACACUUCUCAACAUUUGUUCUUAAAAGAGAUGACCCAAGCUCAAAACAAGUUGAUCAGCUUCAUAAAUCGGUCUAAAAUCGAAUCAAAUGAACACAUCAAAGAGAUAACGACAGAUAUAAGAGGAGAUAUUGCAAAUAUGACAAAAAUCAUUGACGACUUUAGAAAUUUAAGUGAUCGGUUCAGGAAUGAAUAUAAUGGUCUUAUUAAGGAACUAAAACGAGAAAUACAAGAAAACGUAACCGUGCUACAAAAAUACAUUGCAAACGAAGUGAGAAAUUCAAGAUCUAACAUCAACUAUGAAAUAAAAAAUUACAUUUCAGAUUAUGGUUCUAUGACUUUGACUGUGUGUGCAAUACAAGUGAUAAUAACGUCCUUUUGCUGUUGGAAAAGGUCUAGCAAAUCUACAAAUCAGCAACAAAAACUGGAAUCAGAAACACCUGAACUGAAUAUGGAAAAUUCGGUGGCUGUUGUUAGUUUUACUGAGGAGAAUAGAGAGCUUCAUCUAACUAUUGCUCGGACUGUGGCAUCAGCCUUUCGAAUCCAUCCUACCUAUGUUGGUGGAUUGAACAAUAUAUUAAAUAUUGAACUUAAUUCAAAGGUCUGUCUGAUUUUUGUGGAUAAGAAUGAAAGGAAUAUAAUUUUGGAAACCGAUGUGGACAUUUCAACAACACGUUCCAAUUUCGUAGAAGGCCAAGUAAAGAGAGGUAGCACACACGUAUUGAUAGUUUAUUGUCAGCAUGAAGGCUCCCGAAACUUGACCACGCUGUACAACAGAAAUCUUGGUAACAUCAAACAGCAUGCAACACUGAAGCAGCUACAGAGACAGAACCGUGUUCUGACCAUUGAUAAAGAGUUCUCUCCCUACCAAACCGACUAUCUUAGAAUAUUCUUGAAUGAAAUGUUGAUAGACUAGUUUGCACUAUAAUGCUUUUUAAAGUCAUAUAAAUUGAAACUUAAUAUAGAGUGUAAUUAUGUAUCAAGGAAAAAAGA